AUGUCUCCCCCAUCAUCUGAUAUAACUCCUCGAACAAGACCUCCAAAAGAUUUUGUCUAUACUAUCACAGGCCAGCUCUUUAGUGACCCAGUGACUCUUGAAACAGGCCAAACAUAUGAGAGACGGACAAUCCAAGAAUGGUUAAGACUGGGAAAAACUACGUGCCCCAUUAACCGUCAGCUUCUCUCUGCAACUAUUCUACCCAAAACAAACUAUGUGUUGAAGAGACUAAUAAUCACCCCCUGGAAGGAACAAUAUCCCGAUCGUGCCCAAGAAUUUUCCUACUCCGAAACCCCCAAGAGCAUCCCUAAGCUCCACAUCUUUGAGAGAAUUGCCAUUGAAGUCAACCCCAUCAGUGGCCAUCAAUGGGAUGUCCCCAACCCUGGGCUCGGCGGAAGUAGGAGCUUCGGUGGGAGCAAGAUUCUCGGUGACAUCCUCAGCCAAGGCAUCCAAAUCGAUGCUCGGAUGCUUCAGCCUGAUCAGCUCCUCGCACUGAGCAUUACCCAAGUUGAAAUAAUCCUCGAGCUCCUCCGUUCACUCAUCGGAAGCCCUGAAAGCUUCCACCAUGGCCAACUUUAUCUUGGGGAUAGAGGCCUCGACCUCUGCUAG